GAAAAAGGGCGUGUAUGGGGAUGUGGGAGACACCAACAAUACCAGAACAGGUUUGUCGGCUAAAUUAGCCUCCCUGGCAUUUCCACCUGCUUGCUGCUCCUUUCGUCCCCACCGACCGGGACAAAAGAAAAGCGCCCGGCGAGUUUUGGAUGGCGGCGACCACUACUCAGUCUAUGGGAAGUCUGCCCAGCGGACUGGCAAUAUGCGUGACCGUGCCGGAUAUGUUCUAUCUGCCCGAACUGGUGACAGGUGGGCUGGUGUGGAUCUUGGUGGCGUCCACCCACGUGGAGCCCCCCAACCCUCUGGGCUGGGUGAUGUUCGUGUCUGUCUUCUGCUUCUUCAUGACCCUCCUCUGGGUGGUCCUCUUCAUCGCCGGGUGUCACAAGAACGGCUCGGCGUGGGUCACCGCUGUAAGGCCACAAGAUUUUGCUUAUCACGCUUUGGCUGCAUUGUUCUACCUAAGUGCUGGGGUCAAUUUAGCCUUCAUCACCUUUAUCAUGAAAUCAGGAGCGCUCCGAAUCUACCAGAUUGACAUCGCUGCUGUGGUGUUUGCCUUCAUGGCCACGCUGCUCUACUUCAUUCAUGCCGUCCUGUCGUCCCUGAGGUGGAAACACUUUUGAAAAGACAACAAUCCUCGAAACGACCAACAUUUCAAUGACCGUAGUAUUAGCAUUUCCUACUUAGCUUGAACUAGCAUUUGUUUUAGACGUUGACUUCUUUUCUAUUGCUCUUUCAUAUCCUCAAAAAAAAAAUCAAUAUAACAAAACAUGUUUGCCGUGUUUUUUUCAACCC